AGUUGGCCCAAUUACCAAUUUUUAAUCGCAAAAUUACGCAGUAACGUGGUUCCCCCACACUCGGCGAGAGUCAUGUGACUGCAUAUUAGAUAGACCGCGGCUGCCCCUCCGAAAGUUUGUCCAUCAGUGUGGCUUCCCCAGUCCCGUCCAGAGCUCAAUUUCAAUAGACCCUUAGUUUGCAACCUCCGCUUCGUCGAUUGCAGUCGCAUGAGUUGGAAUUCAGGCGCGUCGAAACAGCAAGUCGGCUAACAAACAGUUUGGAUUUUUUGUCGGAAUAAAGCUCCUAAAAUUUACGUGCUUCAUUUCGUCAUAAAAAUAUUUUGCUCGCAUUCAACUGGGGAACGCUUUUGUAAUUCAGCAUACAAAAUUUAGUGUGCUGGAGGAUGGAGGAGGUUCCGGACAUCCGACACCAGUUGAAUCAGCUGGCGCAACUGCUGAUGAUGGACUCGACAUUGCCCAGUGUUGACUCGAUUCACCAACAGCAGCAUGGGAAAUUUGGGGACAAGUGUAAGGACGACGUCACCGACGAGUGGUCCAAUUUUGAAGCGCAAGCAGCAUUCCUCGGGCCCAACAUUUGGGAAAAAGGCGCCGGACUGGGAAAUGAUAUCCAACUCGGCGACCAGUAUGUCGACCUGGAUGAGUUUUUGAACUCCACGUGCAUCAGCAGCGGAAACCAGCAGCAAUCGCGGGCCGAGACGCCUGACGAGAGCUUGGAUGGCCGGCAGUCUUCAGCUUCUAUGCAGUCAGAGGAUUCAGCAAAGCCUGAGGAAGAGCAGGAUGACAAAGAGGAAUCAGUAAAGGACGAGGAACUGUCCGAGCCACCGUCCCCUGCACAGUCUACUUCAUCAAACGACUCUGACGACUCAUAUCACCCACCCCCGAGCAAGCGUUCCCGACGAGCGAAUGUUGAUUACCGCAAGAAACUUUCAAACGUUGACCUGAAGCCAGCGCCUGUCGUGAAGAAGUCGCGCAAACAGUUUGUGCCCGACGACCUGAAGGACGACAAGUACUGGGCUCGCAGGCGCAAGAACAACCUGGCCGCCAAGAGGUCAAGGGACGCGCGCAGGGCUAAAGAAAACCAGAUAGUCGUCAGGGCUGGCUACCUUGAGGAUGAGAACACAGCGCUCAAAGAGGAGAAUGAAAAGCUGAAGAACGAGAAUAAGAAGCUGCGUGCAGAGCUGGCUAAAUACAAUAAGAAGAUGUAGUUAUAGUGUUAGCAGUUUAUCAUAAUUUAUCAGAGCUUUUAGUGUAUGACCAUGAUCAAAUUGAUGCAAUUCGCACCACACCCAGUUUAAAUGAGCGAAAAGUUCCCAUUUGUUGUGAAAAUUUAAACAUUGUUUUGCAACCCGCAAUAGUUUUGAAGCUGGCUUCAAAAAUUUCAUCGUUUUGUAAAGCUAUUUUUACGACGUCUUGGUGCAUUUUCCGUUUCAGUUGUUUUUCUACAUUGCUGUUUGCACGUCUAAGUCUAUGGUUGUGUUUCUGGAGCACUAUUAUUCUCCUUUCAUUGUUGCUACCUUGUUAAAAUUUCGUGUCAAUUCAAUCAAUUUUUAAGCUCUGCUGACCAGUACGUACAAAAAGUCAGGCUAUUGUAAGCGAUAAGAGUUGUAUAUCGUUUGCCUUCAUUGUGAAGCUAAUCAUGUAUUAGAACAUAGAGGAAACAAAUUUUACUUUGUUUUUUAAUAUUGCUGUGUUCCAAACACACAUGUUGAUUGGAUAAAAUGUUACAUUUUAUCAUAUAUUACGAAAGGUGUAGAUUGGAAAGUGUAUUUUGGAAAAUAUUAAAGAGGACUUAUUUACUAAAGAG